GGCCUGGGUACUUCCCGGUAGGGUCAUGGCCUACGUAGGGUCCGUAUCCCAUGUUACCCCAAAAUCAUAAUUUGGGAGGAGACCAAAACACGGGACAACUUCAACUAACAAGGCAGAACCAACCAGGAUCGAGUCGCCAGGGUGGCCAAACCCAGAACAGGUCCCAAGGACAAGGGCAAGGACAAGGACAAGGACGUGGAAGAGGUAGGAAUGCUGAUAGAAAUCAGGGACCAGGGGAACGAGGAGCAGGAAAUAGAGGAAGUGGGUAUCAAGGUGGAAACUGGGGACAACUCCAAGGGGGUGCGAAUCUGGUAGGGCAAGAAUACCAGCAGGGGUAUGGUCGUGGUUACGACCAAGGCUAUGGAGGAUGGAUAGACUACAGCGAAUGCAUUUGUACCCACUGUGGGAUCAAAGGACACACAGUAAAGCGAUGCCACGUCAGGAAGCUCGACGAGCGCGAUGGACACGUAACAUCGAACAUAGAUGGCGAGGUGUUUGACAGAACAGGAAGGCCGAUCGAUCCUGAGAUUCCGGAAGGCAGUAGAGAAGAGGCCCUUCGCAUAGCCGCGCUAGGUCCCAACGCCCCGGGAAUGUUCAAAAUGUGGCAAGAAAAGGAAGGACCAGUCGUACGGGUGGAAGAUGUAACUGAACUAGAAGAAAAACUGAGUCGGAUGGGGAUCGAAGGAAGCAAGGAAGACGUACCCCUUGUGGAAGAAGAAGCAGAAGAGGAUGACGCUAGGAUUAACGUCAGGGACACGUUAGAUAGGAUGAAGGAUCUAGUGAAUAAGAUGCAAAAGCUGCAUUUGAGGCUUCAAGGGGUAUAUGAAGAAGCGGGAAAAGAAGGGGUUGGGUGCCCGAAAGUAUUUACCAUGGGACGUGGAGGAUCGGAAGAUGGGCCAAAUGAGCCCAACCCAAGAAUGUUGAGGGCCAACAUGGCCGCAAAGAACAGUGGGGUUCAAAGAAGCGUAAGAGGAACGAUUCUGUUUGCUAUAAGAAAACCCGCAGGAGGGAAUCCUCCAAAGGAGCAAGCCCAGACUUCCCAGCCUGCAGAGGAAGAACCACCUAUCAUGGUAGAAGGUGAUGAAGACGAGGAUGAAAAGAUUAGGGAGGAAGAAGAGAGGCAGGCGGAAAUCAGGGCUAAGAGAAGGAAAGGUGAAGUUAAAGAAGGAAGAUCCAAAAAGGACGAAGCGCCGAGCAAAAAGAAAAAGUACCAGAUGUCGAUCGAAGAAGGGGUAAACCUGGAAGGUCUAGUAAAUAAGCUACUAGAAGGUCACAAUGAAUUGCUAAAUCUGAAGGAAAUUCUAGCUUCGGCUCCUAAGUUAAGAGAAAUGGUGAAGGCGAGGUUAUCACGCCGGAGAGUGGUCUCGGUCAGGAUGGGGGACCUGAUUCCCAAAGAGGCAAACUGGAGCAUGGCAGGAAGCAAAAUGGACUGGAAGUUCGUGGGAACAGCGUCAAUAGAUGUUAUGAUAAAGAGGAAGACGUGUCCUGGGAUGGUCGACACCGGGGCAGAAAUGAACAUUAUAAACGGAGAAACGACAGUAAAACUAGGACUGGAGGUAGAUGAAAACGACUGCGGGUUUCUCAAUGGAGCCAGCGGCAAGACCGGGUACACGGGGUUUGCGUCGAAUAUGGUGAUAGAGAUUGGAAGAGUCAAGGCCAGGCAGAAUCAGACAAGAAAGGAAAGGUUGCAAGAGAGGGGGUUAUGGAUUGGAAAAGAGAUGGCUGAGCCACAGGGGAAAGAGGCAGAGGAUGAAGAAGAGGAUAAUGUGCCUCUGAAAAGAUUGAACAACAAGACGAGGGUCUCCCCCAAGAGCAGCAGCAAGGGAUCAGAUCAGGCAGAGGAAGAUGAACAGAAAGAGGAGGAGGUAGCAGAAGGGAGGAAAAUAAGCAUGGGAGCAAGAGUGGUACUAAGGAAGAAAAAACUUGGAAAGAAAAGGUCAAUUGAGAGUGGAAGGGAAGAGGCACAGAAAAGGAGGAGUGAAAAGGAGAGAGGAGUAAAGACGCUGGAGAGGGAAAGAAGAUCCAGGAAGGAGGCAAGGCUCCCAAGGUCAAGAGAACUGAGGAAGAGGGGUCGAUUGGAGACAGAGAAAGGGAAGAGAUGAGCGAGAUAAGAAAAAAGAAAGAUGAGAGGGAUGCCUAGGUGGAGAAGUUGAUGAGAGAUAUGGAAGAAAUGAGGAAGGAAGUGAAGGAAUUGAAGAAAGAGAAGGAGGAAUUGCAAAAAGAAGUGAGUCAAUUGAGGGUCGCGCUGAAUGUGCAAAGCAAAGAAUUAGAGAACGAAGUGACCACAAGAAGAAAGAUAAAAAUAAAGGUGGAUGAUCUGGGCUCUGAGGUCAGUGUGUUAGGACUGGACCUGGACAAUGAAAUCUCAGAAAGAAA